GACCCUCCCCCGUUGGAUGCCACUGCUCUCUUUCUCUCUCUUUCUUCUAAAUGUUUACACCGCUGGACGAUUUUUCUAAGUCUAUGAGAUCCGAGAAAGAAACGCAUAUUUUUUUUUCAUCUCAAUUGCGUCCAUGGAAGUUGGUUUCUAAUUGCGAUAUUAUAUAUUAUAAACCGGGAGUUCUUGGCUGGCAAGGACCAUGCCGACUGUGCAGAGCUCCGCCGCCCUGCUGCUUUUGAGCCUCCUGAUUGGUCUAAGCUACUCUCUGAACCCAAGAGACCCCAAUGUGUGCAGCCUGUGGGAGAGCUUCACCACCUCAGUGAAAGAGUCCUACUCUCAUCCUUACGACCACGUGACGGAGGAGCCCUGCUCCGACCCUCGGACCUCCUACAGAUGCAUGCGCCACAGGAUCACCUACAAGACGGCCUACAGGCAGGCGGUGAAGACAGACUACCGCAAGAGAUACCAGUGCUGUCCAGGCUACUACGAGAGCAGAGACAAAUGUGUCCCUCACUGCACCAAGGAGUGCGUCCACGGUCGAUGUGUCGCUCCAGACCGUUGCCAGUGUGAGGGAGGCUGGCGAGGAGACGACUGCUCCAGCGCCUGUGAUGACAAACAAUGGGGGCCAGGCUGCAGUCAGCAGUGCAAGUGUGAGAACGGAGCUCUCUGCGACCCCGUCAAGGGGACGUGUCAGUGUCCUCCGGGGUUCAUAGGACGCCACUGCGAGGAGUCCUGUCCAGCGGGCAAGUUCGGGAAGGGCUGUCAGGAGAGGUGCAAGUGUGGGACCGGAGGAUCCUGUGAUAGAGCAACCGGAGAGUGUUUAUGUCGGGACGGAUUCACAGGGACUUUCUGUGAGAAGGCGUGUCCCAGGAAAUGCCAGGCACGGUGCCCCUGCCAGAAUGGAGGCAUCUGUAAAGGCAAAGGGAUCUGCGAUUGCCCGCCUGGAUGGACGGGUGCAGUUUGCACGGUGCGAUGUUCAGAGGGAAGGUUUGGACAAAACUGUGCCGAUGAGUGUGUCUGCCACAACCGGGGCAAAUGUGACCCCGAAACUGGACAGUGCCAGUGUGCUAAAGGUUUCACCGGUACUAGGUGUAACGAGGAGUGUGCUGCAGGCACGUAUGGUCAGGGCUGUAAAGGUGUGUGUGACUGCGCUAACGGCGCACGCUGCUACAACAUCGACGGAGGCUGCCUUUGCGAGCCGGGCUUCAGCGGCCCACACUGCAGGGACAGAAUGUGUACACCGGGCAAAUACGGCAUGCACUGUGAACGCAAGUGUCUCUGCCAGGACAAGCAGACACUCAGCUGCCACCCGAUGAAAGGAGAGUGCACAUGCCAGCCAGGGUGGGCCGGACUGUUCUGCAACGAGACCUGCGCUCACGGUUUCUACGGUCACGGUUGUCUGGCGCCGUGUCUGUGUGUGAACGGAGGGGUGUGCGACAGCGCCACGGGACGAUGCCGGUGUGCCCCCGGUUAUACGGGGGUUCACUGUGAGCAUCUUUGUAAAAGUGGCACCUACGGCAAGAACUGCUCCCUGGAGUGCUCCUGUGAAAACUUCGUCGACUGCUCGCCUAUUGACGGGACUUGCUUCUGCAAAGAGGGCUGGCAUGGGCCGGACUGUUCCACCCCCUGCUCUGAGGGAACCUGGGGCCCAGGAUGCAACGCCACCUGCCACUGCGCCAACGGGGCAAAAUGUAACCCUGCAGAUGGAUCCUGCGCCUGCACAGCCGGCUGGCAGGGGGCGCGCUGUGACCAGUCGUGCCCGAUGGAGACGUUUGGGCCAGGCUGCCUGAAGAGGUGUGAUUGUGUUCAUGCCGACGGCUGCCAGGCUGCCACCGGGGAGUGCCACUGUCUGCCAGGAUGGUGGGGUUCUCGCUGUAGCGAGCCAUGUUCAGAGGGCCUGUGGGGGCGCCGCUGUAACCAGACCUGUUUCAAGCAUUGCCCCAACAGCGACACGUGCUUGAGGGAAAACGGAGCGUGUGUGUGUCGCCCAGGCUACUGGGGAGUCGCCUGUCAGAACAAAUGCAGAGCUGGUAUGUAUGGGGACCAGUGCAGUAUGUCAUGUCCAUCCUGUGACCAGUCGUACCGCUGCCACCAUGUGACAGGAGAGUGUGAUUGCCUCCCUGGACACACUGGACCCAACUGUGAUCAAGUUUGUCCAGCUGGCUACUACGGCAAACAGUGCUCUCAAGUGUGUGUUAACUGUGCCAACAACUCCACAUGCGACCACCGGGACGGUCACUGUGAAUGUUUGCCUGGCUGGACCGCUACUGACUGCUCCAUACCCUGUAGUCCGGGGCGUUUUGGUCCAUUCUGCACUCAGACCUGCUCCUGUCCGACCAACCUCAUCUGUGACCGAUAUACUGGAGACUGUGUGUGUGAAAGUGAAGGAGAAGACUGUAAACAAGACUCGUUUGUGAAGUCAGGGAGCGUGAUGGUCCCCCUUCCUCCUGGUGAGAGGGAGUCGUGGGGAGCCAUCGGAGGCAUCGUCGUGCUCGUCAUCUUGGUGGUCCUGCUGCUGGCUCUGCUGCUGCUCUACCGCCGCCGGCAGAAGGACAAACAGAACAACACGCCGACCGUGUCCUUCUCCACCAGCCGCACAGUCAACUCUGAAUACGCCAUUCCAGAUGUUCCUCACAGUUACCACCACUACUACUCCAACCCCAGCUACCACACACUGAGCCAGAACAGGCCUCCGCUGCCACACCUCCCCAACAACCACGGCCGCACCAUCAAGAACACCAAUAACCAGCUGUUCUGCAGUGUGAAAAACAUGGAGAGGGAGAGGCGGGGCCUGUUCGGGGUUGAGAGCAACGCCACUCUACCUGCAGACUGGAAGCACCACGAGCCUCGCAAAGACGCAGGAGCUUUUGGAAUUGAUCGGAGCUACAGCUACAGUGCCAGCCUCGGAAAAUAUUACAACAAAGAGCUGAAGGACGCGGUGGCGGUGAGCAGCAGCUCUCUGAACAGCGAGAAUCCUUACGCCACCAUCAAAGACCUGCCGGGUUUGCCCUUCUGCCCCACAGAGAGCAGCUACAUGGAGAUGAAGUGCACCGUGCCCAGAGAGCGAGCGUACACCGAGAUCAGCCCGCCACCCUUCAACAUGGCCACCGUACGCCGAGAGCGUCAGAGUUCCCUCGGUCAUGCUCCAUACGACGACCCCCAGAGCCACUACGACCUCCCCGUGAACAGCCACAUCCCGGGACACUACGACCUGCCGCCCGUCCGCCGCCCCCCCUCCCCCAGGAGAACACCCCAGUGACAGUCACAGCAGCGGAGCAAGUCUCCCCCCUCCUCACUUUGGGGAUGAUUUCAGGCCUGUGCAAACUUUUUGGCUUUUUGACAAUCAGAGCUGCAAACCAACCACAGACCAGCGCCGAGGCGUCUGUCCCACUGAGGAACUAUUGUUUACUGUGGAUGCCCCCCCCCCCCCACCCCACUUUCAACUCAACACUGCCCCUGUGUGGGCUAAAGUGGUACUUGCUUCACCAUGACAGACUUGUCAUCCAGACUGGGGAGCCAGCGGGCUGCGGUGAGGAAGGCAGGACUGUGGCGACGCCAGCGGGGCUUCAGCUGCAUUCACAUCCCGUGGGAAAAAAACACCCCAGAAGACUUCACGCUUAAAAAGCAGCAACUGGGGAGAAACUCGGCUAAACAUGCUGUGAUUGAAGUUCUACAUUUAGCCUGCAACUUAUCAGCUGGUGUGCAUGUUAAAAAGGACCAUUUUGUCUUUUUGUUUUUUUAUGUAGAUAUUUUUAACUUUCUAAAUCCUUUUUUUUUUUACUUUUUAAAACUCAAAGGAAAGAGAGACAAAGGUAAUGGGACCUUUUUAGAGAUGUCCUCCAACACAUGCAAGUUUGUUUUGUACAGCAAAAAUCCUGCCAGUCUUUGAAGACACCAUAAAAAGAAAAAUGUUUUAUUUCUGAUAUUCAGGCUUUACUAAUCUGGAGAAACCAGGUUGUUUCACCAAAGUGCGAGAAAUGAAAAGUAUAUUUUAUGAUUCAUAUCACUUCAUGUCUCCAACAAUGAUGUCCCCCGUUUGUUUGAACAAAUGUGGCUUACUUGUCAUAUGAAAACUUUGUAAAUAUAGAAAUGAAUAUAUUAUCUUCACAGUAAUGUUAAAGAACAGCCUUAUUUCAGAGAUGUUUAAGGGGUUUGUGACCAAAGAUCGCACCAAUAGAUAUAUAAUUAUGUUGUGAAUAUUAAACCAUCACUUGUGAGAUUAUAAACCAAAUGAAAGCAGCGUUAUGAAUGUCACAGCAACUUAUGUCUGUUUGGUAUUUAAAGGGCCGGUUCACCCAAAAUACAAAAACAGUCACUUAAGUACUCCGACCGUAAUCAUUUUAAAUUGUUUUUUGUCAACCAAAGUCUUGUGUUGCUUCUAAAUAAUUUUAGAAAAGCUAUAAUGCAUUUUGUUUAUCAAAUGAAGUCAAUUAAAUAACAGAAACCAUGUACCAGAAAGAAUGUACAUCGUGCUUUAAAUGCGAGAGCUUAUAGCGCUUCAGCUUUCUUUUAUGUAUGAACAUGUAUUUUUGAAUGCAACCAUGGGAACGUGUAUAAUGUAAAUAAAAAUGGCUGUACUUUU